AUUUUUUAAUAUUGAAAAUACUUUCGUGAUGAUAACUCAUCAUUUAGUCAUACAAUAGGAUUGAAAUCCAAGUUCAAUUGAGCGGGUAAAUAAGGAUAGUUUAAAAUUACCACUUUGUAGUGGAUAAUGUCACUUGCCUGUGACUAACAACAUUAAAAAUAUAAAAAUAUUUUAGUUUGUUUCUGUUGGCCAAACUGAGUUCCUGGUAAACUUACCAUAUUAUCAGAUUUGCCGAGCAUACCCCCUAAUAGCACGAUUUGCUUUAGCAAAAGUUUCCUUGAAUUUUUUGUCAAAUGACCGUCAGUUUCAGACUUUUUCGUUUUUGAUGACAAUUGGUAUACAACUUGCCAUACAAUUUGACGUUAAAUUACCACCCGAAUUAGAAUGCAAAUUCACUUCAAAAGUUUUAUACAAAUUGUCUUCAAAAACAAAAAUGCCUGAAAUUGACCGACAUUUGACGAAAAAUUAAAGGAUUUUUUCGUAAAGUUGAACUUUUGCUAAGCAAACCGUGCUAAUUGGGUUUUGUUUCUAAUAAAAAAAAGUUACCUCUACAUUGGGGAAAAAUUAACCGCAAAUUUUACUAUUCAACUUUCGCUGUUAAACUGACAGCAAAGUCAGGCAGCGAAUUGCAGGUAAUUUCAUUGUCAAAUUAUUGUCAAUUUCAAGCUAAAGUAGCCAUUAGGGUAGUUAAUAGUUGACCCAAACUUGCUUAUUCAUUCGUCAUGGGUAAAAUAAUAUUACGCAUUAGGCCUCUUUGUUUGUGCAUACGAGGGUAAUGAAAGCGCUCUCUAGUGUUGAAAAAUCAAGACAGAUUUUAAAAACUUUAAUGUUGAGUCUAUGGAGACUAUAUAGUCUCCAUAGUUGAGUUAAUCAUGCUCCUUCUUGAAACUAUUUAUUCUAAGACGGUAAUAAAUAAGCAUAUAUUAUAGAUGGAAAAAAUUUCUGAAAUCUCAAUUUUUAAGCGUUUCGUCUAAUGCUAUCCAUAGUAUUUUAUCUGCUGAGGUGAUGCAGAGAAUGAAAACAUGUAGAAAUAAAUUGCAUGGCAUUCGAUAUGACCAUUAUGGACAAUACAUAAAAGCUAAAAAAAGCGGACAACGACCUGGAAUAAUUGUUCGACUAGCUGCUGCGGCAAAUUUGCCUCCAGCUUUAUUAGCUCGUGUUAUUUUAGAACGUCAUUUUUCAAAUGAUAACAAAAAAUUUUCUCGUACAUUUAUAUCACAAUAUAUGAAAGAUACAACGCUCAUCCAAGAUCCAGAUUUAGCCUAUGAAGUAUAUUUGUGUGUAUUAUAUGAUGAUCGAAAUGGAUUUAUAUCUGAUUCCCUAUGCUUAGCUAUUGGUAAUGAAUAUGAACUAAAACUUCAACAAUAUUUGAACGAAUGCAAUGCCGCAUAUUCAACGGAAGAUGAUUUAAGAGAACGAGGAUACGACAAAACUCCAGAUGUAAAACUUGAAAUUCCUUUAGCUGUUAAUGGUUUUAUAAUAAACUGGAUUGAGUCCAAAGGACGUUUUGGUUCGCCUGAUAUUCAUAAAACUCAUGUUAAAGAACAAUUUCUCAGCUACUGGAAUCGUUUUGGUCCAGGUCUUGUUAUUUAUUGGUUUGGAUUCGUUGAUAAUAUUGUUGAACCAAGUGAAGAAAAAUUUAUCAUUAUGGAUCAUUUUCCUGAAAAUAUUGUUCAUAUGAAUCCAAUUAUACCAGAAUUAUAAUUUUUACUUAUAACAUUAAUUUUAGUUGUGUCGUAAUUUAAAUUAUUUUUUAAAAAUUUUCAUACUGUAAAUAAUUAUCUAUUUUAAAUUUCAAUUGUUAAUAAUCGAUAAGUAUUACUUAUUUAUUUAUUAAAUACUUCAUAUAAUUUUAACAUAUCGGUAAUUUCAUAUAUUGUAAAUA